GAGCUUCAUUGAAAAUUGACACGUUACUAAUUAAAUCGUCCACCAGGCCACUAGCUGAGCGGCCGGUGUGUAUAUAUAGUGAGUGGCCAUAACCCAGAGAAGUUUCUAAAGCUUAGAAGAGAGAGAGAGAGAGAGAUGUUGAAAGCUCUGAGAAUCUACGCGGAGGUUCUGAGAUUGGUGCGGCGGUUGCCCAAGGACUCUCGGCCUUACUACGCCAAGUACGUUCGGGAGAAUUUCGUCAAUUACAGAGAGGUCGAGGUCUCCGAUGACCAAGCUCUCCACGACCUCUUCAAUAGGGCUUACAUUCAUUCCCUCUGGGUCCUCAACAAGUACUCUGUUGAUGAAUCCGCCGCCGAUAAGUUGAAGAAGAUCUGCAGCGGUUGAGGAGCUUCUUCUUCUUGUUUCUGGUUUCUUAAAUCGCUUGCCAAAUGGGCAUUAUUAGGCAUCAAAAGGAUGGGUUUGAGGCGUCUUCCCUCUUUCUAGAGCAUGUGUUCCUUCUUGCUGAUAAUUUGAUGGGUUUGAGUCACCUUUCUUCUGUUUGUACUUAAAAUGAGGUUUUAAUUAUGGGUGUGAGUGAGUUUUUGUAAUAGUUGACAAUGCUGCAAUGCUAUGAGGAGUUGAAUGUGUUUUGCAAAUCCGUUGAACACUUGCACUGAUAAUGAGAAUGUACUUAAAAAACAUGUCACUAGCUCAUGACACAUUUUCCUUGUUGCUAUUAGUUAGACGGUUUGAUGCCAUAAGGAGUUGAAUGUGUUCUGCAGAUCUGUUGAACACUUACAAUGGGAAUGUAUUUGAAAAAUACAUGACUAGCACAUCGCACUUUUUCCUUGUUUGUAUUAUUUAGACUGUUUGAUUCUUUAGGCACUUGCUUAUUUCAUUUUCCUUUUUCUUAUCCAAUUGAGUUCUUGGUUUUGUUAUUGGAAACUAUUUGUGCCCUUGUUUAUAACUAGCCUUAUUUCUUUUUUCUGCACUUCAGUGUUGCUUCUUUUUUUUUUUUCCCUUUUUUUUUUCCCCAGUUAAGUUUAAGAUUGAUAUGUAGCUAACCUAGUUUGGUUUUGGUUUUCACAUCCUGUACUAUAUUAGGCUAUCCAUUAAACCUCAAAACCCAUUAAGUAAUAAAUGAUUUAGACAUUAACUGGGCUUAGUCAUACACUCUUGUUGCAAGAGCAAUUAAAACAUUAACUAAAUUUUGUUGUUCUUGUUUGGUUUAGGGUUUAGUUUAAGAUUGAUAUGUAGCUAACCUAGUUUGGUUUUGGUUUUCACAUCCUGUACUAUAUUAGGCUAUCCAUUAAACCUCAAAACCUAUUAAGUAAUAAAUGAUUUAGACAUUAA